AUGAAAAGUACUUUUUUUCCAAAAUUAUAUAUUUUAUUAUUUUUUACGUUUUACAACAACAUAUUAUCAUGUUUCCUAUUAAAAAACAUACCUUUUUUUUUUAAUAACAGUGAAUUUAUGCCACGUACACAAAAAUAUGGUAAUACAAGAACAACGCUCAGGUUAGAAAAAUCAGCUUCUUCUGCUGAAAAGCCCCUAAGUUCAAAUAUCAAUAAUAGUAAAAUAUAUGAAGAGAUAAAAACGUAUCUUUCUAAUACUUCUUUUUUAAGAAAAGAUAAAAAUAAUAAUGCGAACUACCUGGAUGAAUUUAUAUGUAAUUUCGUCUCAAGUCCAGAUGGCUGGAAUAAGGUAGAAAUUGAUGAUAUGAAUAAUAAUGAUAUUAAAAACUUAAUAAAUUUCUUAAAUGAAGAAUAUAAAAGAGCAUUUCUAUCUACUGAUAAAAAAAGAAAGAAGGCAGAAAACAAUUUGAAUUCAGAAAACUUAAAGUCAUUGUUAGUCUCUUUGGGAUCUGUUGUAAUUGAUGAUAUGAACUUAGAAGCGUUUUAUAAUCACGUAGAAAUCUAUUUGCUUUUAUUAAAAUUCUGCAAAGACAAUUAUGUAUCUUUUAGCUUUAUUAAGAAUGAAAUAGUAAACAUAAUGAAUAAAAUUAUAAAAUACUCACAAAAUUAUUUGCAUGAUACACACUCAUGUGAUAAGCUGAAAAUUGUAUUUUUAAAUAUGCAUGAACUCAUAAAAGAUAUAAAAAAAAAUAAUGCUAUAAAAGUAAACAUUAGAAACUUCCUUUAUAUUUUAAACAGUAACAUAGUUUUAAAUAACAAUAAUAUAUUUUAUUUUCUAACAGAAAUAUUUUCAUCAUUGAAUUUACUUGUGCAGAAAAAUCCAGAAUUAGUUCAUCAAUACGAAUACAUAAUCAACCCUCAUUUUUUCUUUUUAUGUAUUUUUUCAUUAUAUUCUUACAAUAUAAGUAAAGCUCGCUUUUAUUAUUUUUUGCUGUUAAUUCAUAACCAAGUAAAUUUGACGGAUUUAAAAGAACAUGUCUUGAAAUAUGAUGAUAACUUAAAUUAUAGUGUAUACAGGAAUUGUAUUAUUAAUACUAUUUUCGAAGAAGAAAAAAAGAAAUAUGAAUCUAUUAAAGAAAUUAUUGUAGAAAGUGAGAAUAAUGCCACUAAUAUAAAAAAGAGAAAUGAAAAAUGCAUUGAAAACUUAAAAGAUAUAAGUAACGAAAAAGAAAAGAAAAUUCCUGAAAGCAGUAAAGAACAGCUUUUAGUAAAGGAAUAUAGAACUUUACUAUUUAAAGAGUUAUAUGACAAUAUAUCCAUUAAAAUUUUAUUGUUUUAUGUUUUUUUUUAUUUUAGUGACCACUAUUUUUGUAUUAUCAUUUUGUUAAAUUUUAAAAACUUAGCAAAAAACAGAAACCAGGAUGAUCGUUUAGUGCAUAUUACUAAUUAUUUUUUCUUUAUAUUGUUAGACAAUUUAUGUUAUAUAAGGGAUUACUCGAAAAUAUUAUUGGUUUUAAGCCUGUAUAAAAAGAACUUUAUCUCGUUUAAUGAAAAAAACUUACAUGAUGUAAAGAAAAUUUUUAACUUAGUUAUAAAUAAUAACAUUGAGGAAGUACAUUCUAUCGGUUUAUCUAACUUACUUUUAGAAAUUAGCGAAUCCAUUAAAAAUGUAGAAAAUGAAAAAAAAUGUAUAAAUAAAAAUAAUGUAAAAAAUUUAUGUGGAAACAAGAAUGUUCAUAAAAAAGUACAUAAAAAUAAUAUAAUUUUGAAAGAGAAAAAUGAAAAAGAAGUUACAAAAAUUGAUGAUGAACACGCAACUGAAGAAAGCGGGAAACCCUUUGUUAGCAACUCAAAAGGUAAAAACGAAAUAAUUAGUUCCAGUUAUAUGAAGGACAAUUUUAACAAUUAUUUGUUAUAUUUAUUAAAAAAGAAAGCAUAUGACAAGAUUGAACACUUGGAAAAAAGAGAUAACGUGUACGUAAAUAAUAAAACAUAUAGUUUAUUUAUUCAGUCAUAUUUGAGUAAUCAUAAAUAUGAUAAAGUGUAUAAGGUGUACAAAAAGAUGAAAUUAAAGAAAAAUAUACCUAUUAAAUAUUUAAAUGUGAAAAAUUUGAUAUACAGUUUUAAGAAGUGUGAUAUAGACAAAGGGGAUGUAUUGAAUGAAUUAAAACUGAUUAGUAAAUCUUAUUUAAAUUUAUAUUUUUCAAAAGAUUCUUAUUUUGUAUUAACUAAAACAAUGUUAUACAAACAUAUUUGUAAUUACUUAAAAAAAAAAUGUGACAUGAAUUUAAUAAUUAAUAUAUUUAAUCUAAAUGAACUUAUAAAAUAUUUCAUAAAAUUUAAAAGUUUUAUUAAUAUAAGAAAAUUAUAUUUCCUUUUACUAAAAUAUUCCUUUAUAAAAACAUAUAAAACAUACUUAAUAUUAAUAAGAUUUUUCAACAAUUUAAAUCAUGAGAAAAAUGAGCAAAUAAAUAUGGAAAGUGAAAUGGAAGUAGGUGAAACCGACUUCAGUGAAGAUGAAAAAGUAGAAAGUGAAACUAAUUGUCCUUUUAAAAAAAAUAGGGGAAUUUACAAUGAUAUAAUAAAUUUAAGGAAGAAGAAACUGUCGUAUUACAUUUUCAAAAGUAAAGAGUCGAAAGAAGAUUUUAAUUUAUAUAAUAAAGUUUAUGAGAUUGCGAAAAAAGAUAAAUAUGACAUGAGUUUAUUUAUAUUAAGUAACUUUAUUACCGAAUAUAUUUUUUUUGAUCAUCCGUCAGAUGAAAUAUUAGAAAGUGAACUGAGUAACAUAAAUAAUAUACUAAACAUAUAUUUUGAAUCAGUGAACCUUUUUUUUCAUAAACAGAAUUAUAGGAUAACUCUAAAUAUAUUUUUUUUUCUACUACUAUUUUUAAAUUAUUAUGUGACAAGAUAUAUAAAAAACGAUAUUAAAUAUGCCCGUUUUCUAAAACAAAAUGCCAUAAAUUUCUUUUUGUCCAAUAAUUAUGAAAUAAUUAAAAUGAAUAAGAAUGAUAUAUAUGCAUAUAUACCCAAUUUUAUAUUAAAUAUGGUCUUCUUAUCUGUGAAUCAUUUAAAAAAUGCUCAACAUUUGAAGGAGCUUAUUUCAAUGGGUUUAGAACAUGAUUCGUAUGAUUAUAACAAAAAUACCAUUGACCCGGUAAACUGUAAAAAUAUAAUGUUUAUAUUUUUACUUCUGAAAAACAAUGUAAUUUUAUGCAACGCAACUAUGGAAAAAGACAUAUAUGAUAAGCAAAAGAAUAAUAAUAAUAAUAAUAACAAAAAAAAUAUUACAGAAAUUGCAAAUGUUAAAAUAAAAAGUAACUAUUUAUAUAAAGACAUAAUUGAAAAAAAUUAUAAUGAAGAAAAACAUGUAGAACUAAAUAGACUAUUUGCUAGCUCUAAUAAUGUUGCAAAUGUAUUUGUUAAAUUAAAAUAUACAAUUGGUUCAAAUAAAAUAAAUGAAGAUUCUUUGAAAGAUUUUUUAUUCAACAAGCUGAAAAUGUUUGUAAGUAAUAGAAACUUCGAUUCAUUAAUAAAUAUAUUAAAAGAUAUUUUUUUUACGUACAACAAUAUCAUAUAUUUAAAUUCAAGAGAUUUCCUUCGCAUAUAUGAAAACUUAGAUGGGAUUUAUGACAAUGUAUUGUCUGUCUUAACCAUUAUUAUUUUUGCUGAGAACAAUAGAAAUUUCAAGGAACAGAAUGCUUUAUUAUCCAAAGGAUCAGAAGAACAUUUAGAAAUAGAAAGUAACGAAAUAAACAUUCAUGAAUAUAUCGCAAUGUUAAGGUCUAUGAAUAAAGAUUAUUUUAAACAUCUAUUGAAUCAAAAAAUAGUGAGCAAUAUUUUAAAAAACUACGAAAGUUUUAUUCAUAUGUGCAUUUAUUUUGAUUUAAGUAAAAAAAGGGUGGAUAAUAUAGUAAAUUUCUUGGAAAUGUUAAGAAAGUGUAACAUUGCCCUUAGUACAGAAAUAUUGAUAGAUAUCUUUUCUUUACUCUUCGAUAGAAAUAUGAAUAAUUUAAUAUUCAAUGAGUUUGAAAUAUUUUCUUCAUCUAAGAAGGCAAAUAAUUUUGAAUUAUAUUACAUUGUUAUGAAAGCGGCGUUUUUCGAAGAAAACGUUGGAAUGACCCUGAAGAUUUUCAGUAUCGUGUUAAGCUUAUUUAACGUAAGAAAUAUUCCUUUAAAUUUCUUUGAAUGUGUUCUAUUAAUUUUGAAAAAAAAGGGGAAAUUUAAAGACUUAUAUGAAUCUACAGAUAAAUUGCAUAGGGAGCUAAUAAAUUUUGAAAAGAAUAAACAUUUCUUAAGUUUGGAUAAUUUAACACUUGAUGUAAAAAGUAUUUUGAAUAAAUAUAAAAGGGAAAAACAAUUUUGA